GAGAUGCUCAGGCCUUUAAAGCUCUGUCACUUUUGCCGAGGGCAGCUCAGGUGAUUAAUUCAAACAGUUUAGAGACUCUUUAGAGUGACCAGUAAACAAUGGGUGCCGUUCAAAGCUUCAGGGAGCUGUGCGACCGACCAAAAAACACAAAUGUCCGGAUCAGCCUUCCAGCCGUUUGCUUCGUGUGGCAAACGGCCAUGAUCAUCUUGUUUGGGGUUUUUAUUCGAUACAACGAGGAAUCAAGUACGCGCUGGGUAGAGUUCAGGAAAAAAGAAAAUUUAACUGAUAUUGAGAAUGACUUCUACUUCAGAUACCCAAGUUUCCAAGAUGUCCACGUGAUGAUCUUUGUUGGAUUUGGCUUCCUGAUGACUUUUCUUAAACGCUACAGCUUCGGCGCCGUGGGCUUCAACUUCCUCAUCGCCGCCUUCGGCAUCCAGUGGGCGCUACUGAUGCAGGGCUGGUUUCACUCUCUGGACUACACUGACGGCAAGAUCAAAAUUGGAGUUGAAAACUUGAUCAAUGCUGAUUUCUGCGUGGCCGGUUGUUUGAUAGCCUACGGGGCGGUGCUGGGUAAAGUCAGUCCAGUCCAGCUGUUGGUUAUGACUUUGUUUGGGGUCACGUUGUUUGCUGUGGAGGAAUUUAUUAUCCUGGAUCUCAUUCAUGCCAGAGAUGCUGGAGGCUCCAUGGUGAUCCACACAUUCGGAGGUUACUAUGGCCUUUCCAUAUCGUGGAUGCUGUAUCGGCCAAACCUGGACCAGAGCAGUCGUCUGCAGGGCUCGGUCUACCACUCAGAUGUCUUUGCUAUGAUAGGCACCCUCUUUCUCUGGAUGUUCUGGCCCAGCUUCAACUCAGCCAUCACGGAUCACGGGGACGGGCAGCACAGGGCGGCCAUCAACACCUACCUGGCUCUGGCCGCGACUGUGCUCACCACUGUGGCCAUCUCGAGCCUCUUCCAGAAGCACGGAAAGCUAGACAUGGUCCACAUCCAGAACUCCACCCUUGCUGGAGGCGUCGCCGUGGGAACAGCAGCCGAGUUCAUGCUGAUGCCUUAUGGCUCUCUGAUCGUAGGGUUCUGCUGCGGCAUCAUCUCCACACUUGGAUACAUCUACCUCACACCUUUCAUGGAGAAGCACCUGAAGAUCCAGGACACGUGUGGAAUCCACAACCUUCACGCCAUGCCAGGAGUCAUAGGUGGUAUUGUGGGGGCCAUUACCGCCGCAGCCGCAACAGAGUCAGUUUAUGGCAAAGAAGGGUUAAUUAACACCUUUGACUUUGAGGGUGAAUUCAAAGACAUGGUACCCACCAGGCAGGGCGGCCACCAGGCUGCAGGCCUCUGCGUGGCUAUCUGCUUUGGGAUAGGCGGAGGCAUCCUUGUCGGGUUUAUCUUAAGAUUGCCUAUCUGGGGAGAUGCUGCAGAUGACAACUGCUUUGACGACGAGCCCUACUGGGAGCUGCCGGAGGAUGAGGAGAGCAUCCCACCGAUCCUGCAGUACAACAACCACAUGCGGAACAAAGAUGUGGCAGAGUCAAAUUUCACCAUGGAACAGAACUGACGCUAGGCCUCGGUGCAGACGGACCGACGCCUUCACGGCCCACGGCCCAUUUGUUUCAUUCGUUUUCCCGCCGGUCAGAAACAACAAGUCCUCCGACGCAAUUUCUGCAUUUUCACACGGUGACAUGUCUCUUAGCAUGUCGUUCAGCCUUCUUUGUACACUUUAAAUCUGGGAUUGAUUGCUUGUUUUAUAUAUAUAUAUAUAUAUAUAUAUAUAUAUUAUAUAUAAAUAUAAAAUAAAUGAAUCAGACGAGAUCUUUUAUGUUUUGAAUUAUAUUUAUUUUGAAUCGGUUAAUGUUCACUGAGAGGUCACGCCGUUUUUGCUAAUAUUUAGUCAAAUAUUCCUUUGACUCAGGGGCAUUCUCUUGAAAUAAGUGAUUCAGCUCAAAUUUCAUACACAGGUGAAUUAAACUGAGAAACCGAAAACGGUGUCUUUUUCUCACUUAAAUUAAAACAAACUAAACGUAACCACGGCCUCUUAAGAGCAAUAUUUAAAUCCAUGUUUUGUAUUACGUGUUCCUCGUUUUGAAUCUCGAUGCAGGUAAAAUCUGAAGCGCAUGCGCACACUUUUAGGUGAAUUUGUGCUUCCCUUGUUCUACGUUUGUUUCCUCUGUUGCAUUAAAGCGUAAGUAAAUUUUUUGCAUGUGUGUGUGUCUUCAUGGAGAGUUUUUACAAUGAAAGUUAUUUUUCAUGUUGCUGAUUAUUGAUUUUAAACAAUAAGAGCUGUGGUAAUGGUUUUUUGAACGAAGUUAUGCUGUGACAUAAAAGAUAUCUGAUAACACUUUAUCUAACGCCCCUUAUUUUAACUAGUAACAUGUAGUAACCUAAGGACACGGAUUAUGCACCAGGCUCCGCUAAUGGAUGCAUACCAGAGAUAUAAUUGCUGCAUAUAAUGUAUCAUAGACCAUUUAUUAAGUCAUCAUAAACUCUAAAUGGGUGUCAAAGUAAAGUGUUAUAGGAUGUUUUUUUUUUUCCACAUUGUCGAUUCUAAAAACUAAUUUUGUCAAAAUGCUGGUAUUUGUACAUUUAGAUGCAGUAGAAUAUUUGUUACACUGUUUUGAAAAGUUUGUUGAUGAUGGAAGUAAUUUCAAAAAAUUAAGACUUAUUAAUAAACUGUUGUAAAUACGG